AUGCAAAUGACGUCGUAUUUGGAGCGAUGGGAGGAGCAGAAGAUACAGAACUGUCCACAGCGUUCAAUAACAAAGCCACAGCAUCAUCACCGCAUCAAAGAGGGUGAAAAUCUGAGCUUUAUAUCGACUGUGGAGCGCGAGACAGCGAGACAGAACCAUCAAGACGGAGACGACGACAGCUUCGACCUGCCGCCGAUUGACGCGUUUCUGACGUCUGAAAUCGCAUACAAAAUGCAAGAAAAACAAAAGAUUCAAAAGGAUGAUGAGUUUAUGGACGCUGCUACUUUCCUUAAAAAGAAUGAGUUGGGUGGAAACGAUAGUUUUUCUCAUGAUGUCGACGAAAAUUGGGAGCACGUGAACUUUAAUGGUCGACCAAGUGACUUUUUUGAACGAAAGUCGCGCAAUUUGGACCAUGUCGAGCUUUCAUCGCCCAGCAACGUGGAUGAUCCAAUGUUUCAAGACGAUGUGAUCGAGGACGAGACGGUGAUGUGUACGCCCCAGCAGCAAUUAUCUCCGACUAAAAUUGGACAGGAUGUGGUGUUUCGCGACCGUUUUGAUCGUAAUUCGGGACUUUCCGGAUCAAGCACAAGGUUUUCGUCAGGAUAUGAAGUUCACUUUGACCAGGCACGGCUUAUGUACACACCAAACUCGUUAAAGUAUCUGCAGAAAAAAAGUCGAUUGCAAAGCGACAGUACAAGAGAAGACAGUAAGAUGUCUGAUCACACCAUUGCAGACCAUUCUGGCGAGGCAGAGCUGGUGACGAGAAAGGAUCAGCGUUUGCCUGACCAGGAAAUUCCAAAAGAUCCAUCUCUCGAAGUAUGUGGCCACGUUGCAGCGCGGGCCUGGGGAUCUUCGCCACCGACGAAAAAGCCACACGGCGUUGAGCUGUCUGAAUACAUGAGUGACCUUCCUCGAGACCACGACCGUCCACUGGAACUCAUGCUACCGCUUUCAAGAACAACAGAUAGCUGGGGGGAGGACACCUCUACUUCCCAGAUUGACGACGACGUACGUCGUCGAAGUCGGGAUCUUGAAUCGCUUUGUAGUAGAAUUGAGCCCAAUGGACAGAUCAAGAACGGUGAGCGAAGAAGUAGGUCUCAAGAGAUUUCGGAACUCGACACUAUACGCGAGAUUCCAUGCCCGUCUAACAUGGAUUCUCCGAGUGAGCAAUCAACCGAUUCUUGCAAGUCUUAUUCACGGGCACGACAUGCACGAGCUCAUGAACGACAAGCAGACAAUACAAAGAAUAGUCGUGCCGAAGCAAAUCACUGUAUAGAUAAGCGUUCAAGUGGCGAGACAUCAAGGAAGUCAAAAUCCCGGACUACAUCGGCUGCUCUAGAUCAAUCGCUGGUUAAAGUAGCCACGACGCAGAAUCCGUCUCGCGAUGAAACGCACUUGUCAAACGCUGAUUGUGUCAGCGAUGAUGAAAGGCCUGCUGACGUUAUCAGCAGUUCUCUCAAAGACAAUGGUGAUUCUAAAAGAAAUCGAUACAGUGGGGCGCAAGUAAACGCACAAAACCAAUUCAAACAUUCGCUCUCGGGUGAUAUCGAUCCAAAUGGCGUACGCUUUCAUUACGAAGGAAACGAUCACCAAUCGCGGGGUGCAACGAGAAGGGAACAUGAAGACGAUCAAGUCCAAAAGUACAUUGGUUUCGAGUCGAAAACAACAGCUGCACCGAAACAAGCAGUGGCGUCCCGCAGACUUAUUGAUGUGCCUGAUCUCAAGACCCUUCGUGUGGCGAUGGACGUUGCUAUGAUUCCACGUCGAUGCCGAAGGUUUCUAUGUUCUGUUGGUGAUGUAAUGACGGAGCAAAUCGUUUUCACGAAUGUAACGAAAUCGGUUGGGAGAAUUUGUGUAUCUGUUCUUCCUCUCAGCACUGGAUGUCAGCAAUUCAGCGUGUCGCCUGCGGUGUUGGAGCUAGGACCGAAGACCUCGAGUGCGUUUCAUAUCACCUUCAAUGCACGUUACGCAGGCGCAGUAUCAGGAAUUUUCCAGUUUAGAGGAGUCGGCAUUGAGUCAUUGUUUCAUCCAUAUGAGGUCGUGAUUGAAGCAAGCGUGAAGCGCAAUUUGGAGUUAGAAGCUCCAAGGAGCUCAAGAACGGCACAGCAGCACAGGCAAACAGAAGCUAUCAACGAUCGUGUCAAGGAACUACAAGCUAGUUCAACAGUCGAACAAGUGGCAGUCACCCCCACGUUUAUUCGUUUUGACUGUGUGCGGAGUAAAAGUGGUGACAAAUUAUUCAGGAAGGCGAAGCUUUGUUUGGUAAACAACACAGCUCAGGCAUUGCCGUUUAAAGUUCGUGCACCUGAAAACCUUUGCGUGAGCCCAGCUUUUGCAACGAUCCCACCAGCUUCGGAAAUUAGCGUCUCGGUGCUGCUAAUGUCGCAGCCGUUAGGCCAGCACCGAUGCAGAGAAACCCGCAGUGCCAACUCAUCUUCCAGAGCAGAAGACUGGCUGAGUACGCUUACCGUUCAAGUUGGCAAAACCUAUUUACGCGAAGUGAGUGUUGUGGCGGAUUGGCGAGUGAUCCAAAUGCUUCCUCCGUUUGACGAGAUCGCACGAUCUCGACACCAGCUCUCCUCACAGACGGAUUCAUUUUACUACACCAAGCGCGAUAAGCGACGAGGCCUGUACUUCCACGCCAGGGCAGUUGAAUUUGGAUGCUGCAACGUUGGCGAGUCGCACGAAGUAUCUGUGUAUGUGUGCAAUGGAUCGAAGGCACCAAUGACAGUCUUCUUACAGGAUCUGCAGGAACCCUUCUCGAGUGCUUUCUCCUCGACCACUAUCGAGCCUCGGAAGUUUAUUGAGGUAAUGGUGACAUUUACCCCCAAAGUUGUCGGCAAAGUUGCAACUUCGCUUUUCGCCUACUCGCUUACUGAUAAGGCAGUAGUUACGCUCAUCGCUCGUGGAACCUAG